UCAGCACUGGAUCAGUGAUGCUCUGUGUGGCAGGCUAUCCUCUUAUCUUCUUCCUCCUGGUAUGUCAGGCUGUACCAAGCAGGACACAACGUCCACGCAUUGAGCUGCGGCUGAUGGGGCCCAGGAGCCGAGAGGGUGAAGGUCGGCUGGAAGUGCUGUACAAUGGGCAGUGGGGCACCGUGUGCGAUGAUGACUUCAACAUGGUUGUUGCAAGUGUGGCAUGUCGGGAGCUGGGCUAUGAGGUGGCUGUGACCUGGGCCCACAGUGCCAAGUAUGGUCCAGGAGAAGGCCCCAUUUGGCUGGAUAACUUGCGCUGCUCUGGCAUUGAAAGCUCCCUGAGUGAAUGUGAAUCCAAUGGCUGGGGCGUGAGUGACUGCACCCACAAUGAGGACAGUGGUGUGGUGUGCACAGGUCUACAUCGACACAGCCCUGCUGCCCAAAGACUUGUUCCAAACAUCCAGCACCAGGGCUGGAAAGUGGAAGAAGUACGGAUCAAGCCAAUAUUGGCCCGAGCCAAGCUAAAUUCUCCCAUCACAGAAGGUGCUGUGGAGGUAAAACUCCGUGGUCGCUGGCGCCAAGUCUGUGAUGUUGGCUGGACUCGUAACAACACCCGAGUGAUCUGUGGAAUGUUGGGCUUUCCCCAUGAAGGACGAGUGGCCACAGGAUUCUACAGGAAACUCUGGAACCAGAAGCUGAAGGAUCCAAGAUCCAGCUUGAGGAGCCUGAGCUCAAAGAACACAUUCUGGAUCCACCAGAUCAACUGCCAGGGCACAGAAGCCCAUCUGGGUGAAUGCAAGCUGCAUGUGGCCCCAAAGGCUCGGCACCAGCCUGCCUGCCCCCAUGGCAUACAUGCCUUGAUCAGCUGUAUACCUGGCCCUGAAUUCCAGCCUAAGAAAGCCAGGCUGCCUGGCCCUACCCAGCCCAAAAAGCAGUCACAGGUGCGUCUCCGUGCGGGUGCACAAGUAGGCGAAGGGCGUGUGGAAGUGUUGCUGAAUGGUCAGUGGGGCACUGUCUGUGAUGAUGGCUGGGAUCUGGCUGCUGCCAGUGUGGUGUGUCGAGAGUUGGGAUAUGGGACAGCACAAGAAGCUCUUCCUGGGGCACAGCUGGGCCAAGGUCUGGGUCCCAUCCACUUGACCAGAGUGAAGUGUAGGGGCUACGAGCGUUCACUGGUAGAGUGCAGCUUCCAAGAAGCAAUGCAGAGUGGGUGCCGGCAUGAAGCUGAUGCUGCUGUCCAUUGUAAUGUGCCCCGAACAGCUGCCCGUCAACAGGUACGUUUGGCUGGUGGCCGCAGUCCAGAAGAAGGUGUAGUGGAAAUCUUAGCUCCCAGGGGAAGGACCUCACGCUGGGGUUCUGUGUGUGGGGAACACUGGGGACUCAAGGAGGCCAUGGUUGUGUGUCGUCAGAUGGGGCUUGGCUUCGCUAGUCAUGCUCUCCAGGAGACAUGGUACUGGCAGGGCAAUUCUGAUGCUGCUGAAGUGGUGCUGAGUGGUGUGCGCUGUAAAGGCACAGAACUCUCCAUCCUGCAGUGCCAGCAUCAUGGGCCUGUGCACUGCCCAUCUGGAGGGGGGCGUUUUGCUGCAGGAGUCACCUGCACUAGCAGUGCCCCAGAUCUGGUGAUGAAUGCCCAGCUGGUACAAGAGACAGCUUAUCUAGAGGACCGCCCAUUGGACAUGUUGUAUUGUGCUCAUGAGGAAGGCUGCCUUUCUGCCUCUGCAGAUCACAUGCACUGGCCCUAUGGCCACCGGCGCCUACUGCGGUUCUCCUCACAGAUCCACAACCUAGGCCGGGCUGACUUCCUACCAAAAACUGGUCGCCAUGCAUGGAUCUGGCACCAGUGCCACAGACACUACCACAGCAUCGAGGUUUUCACCCACUAUGACUUGUUGACACUCAAUGGCUCCAAGGUGGCUGAGGGGCACAAGGCCAGCUUCUGUCUGGAGGACACCAACUGCCCAGAUGGACUGCAGAGGCGUUUUGCCUGUGCUAACUUUGGAGAGCAGGGAGUCAGUGCAGGUUGCUGGGACACAUACAGGCAUGACAUUGACUGCCAGUGGGUGGACAUCACUGAUGUGGCACCUGGAAGUUACAUAUUUCAGGUGGUUGUGAAUCCCAAGCAUGAGGUAGCAGAAUCAGAUUUCUCCAACAAUGUCCUUCGGUGCCAGUGUCAAUAUGAUGGACACCGUAUAUGGCUGCAUGAGUGCCAUACAGGUGAUGUGUACGGUGCCAACAUACAAUGGGAUGAAGAGGCACAGCAGAGACUGACCAGCAACCUUGUCUGAGGUAGAUGGGCCUCAAGGACUUAGGGUCCCGGCAGGGCCUUGGGGACAGAUUUACUCACAACAUUCCAACGGUGGAAAUGGCUGGCAGGAGAACUACAAUAGGCUGAAAGGUUAGCCGUAUGCUCCCCCUUUAUCACUAUCCCACCUUCUGGCUUGGGGUAACAUCCAGCAAUGAUGUCUGAGGCCUAGAUGCGCCUGUUGCCUCUUUGUCUGCUUGCUUAAGCCCAACCUCUGUUUUUAAAUUGACUAAGGUUGGCAGCCAAGGACAGAUAUGAGGCUGAAAUGAGGAGGAGUGGCUACAGAGGGUCCAAAGCCUACACAAGGGAGUAGUUUGCCUAUAAAAAAAGCACCAUCCUCUUGCUUCUCUAGCAGAGGGGUGGGUCACAGCAGCCCACCCCAGAAAAAACUACCUCAACCCACCCCUCAUGCUGGGGAAUUGGAUCUCAGGACAAUAGUUCAACUUGAUCCCCAUUUCAUCCCACCCACCCAGCAUUCCCUGUGCUGUGAGACUAAGGACCUAUCCAUUGACCCAGAAAACCCAUCUUCCUGUUAUAAACUGAGAUACCUGUGAAUCCAAAAAAUUAGCCUCAUGCUGGUCAUCAUCUGAGGCAAAAGAUACAGAGAACUCACCCACCCCACGGGAAUAGCUUGCCUAAGAGUCACACACUUUCAAUGAACCUCAGUCUAUAAAGGAAUGGGAGAAAGGGAUUUAUAUUAUCUGUGGAGCUAUUCAAAGUGGAAUGAACUGUGAACAAAACUAACAUCGAAUGAAGCCCUACACAGAGGGUUAGUUGCUCACCUCAGGGAGAGGUCACAGUAACCCUUCUCAAAGAGAAAGCAGAAAAAGAAGAUGUUUUCCCCCCUUUCACAUUUCAGUGAGCUGAUCCUAUCAAUAAAGGCUUUUUGAACCAA